AUGUUGGACCGACUAACACUGCAUUUAUUGUUAAAUUUUCUGUGCGCAAAUGUUCUUGCUAACUCUUCAGUGUUUAAUCCGUGUGUUUCGCAAAAUGAAUUAUCUGAAUAUGAAGCCAACCAAGUGAUGGAGAAAUGGCCAGAUCCGCCCAUCGAUCGGGCUUACAAGUGCUUUCUAACGUGCGUCCUUUUGGAUUUGGGCCUGAUUGAUGAACGGGGUAAUGUGCAGAUCGACAAGUACAUGAAAUCCGGAGUGGUGGACUGGCAAUGGGUGGCAAUGGAGUUGGUAACGUGCCGCAUAGAAUUCAGCGACGAAAGGGAUCUGUGCGAGCUUUCAUAUGGAAUCUUCAACUGCUUCAAGGAUGUAAAACUUGCGGCCGAGAAGAAUGUUUCAAUUAGUAAUGGGAAAUAGAUUCAUUAUAUAUAUUUCAUUAUAUUUGAAUAAAAUGAUUAAUAUGUA